UGCUCGCUUGCAUAUUUGCGCUUUGCAAUAGGCAAUGAUGGCUGCCGUGAGGUUGACAUCGAAUAAUUUUGUCUCUCGAUUUCGAAGUACAUUUUGUAGCAUAUUUCUCGCUGAGCAGCAAAGGAAAUACACAGAAAUAACUCCGACGGGAACAUGGAGUCGAUGGAAAAGUACCAAAAUUAAAAGACCAUCAGAGCCUAUCAUAGUUGAAUCAGAGAAUAAGGAUAUGAUCAUCUGCUAUCAUCCUGCAGAAAGCUUUCCAUAUGAACAUACCAAGCCUAUACCAAGACCAGAUCCAUCAAGACCUGAGGAAUCUGCUGAGGGUAUGUUACGAGUGAAAUUCAAAUCAAAGAGCUGGGAUAAAGAACGUCAAGGCCCAUCGAUUGAGGAGCUGAGUGAUAUGUUUUAUACCACCAAACACAGAUGGUAUCCAUUAGGAAUAAGGAGGAGAAAUCUUGCAAAAGUCAAACCACCAAAGGAUAGGCCUAUUUUUUGACAUCACUGAAGCUCUAUGUCUUGAGAUUUACAACUUACUACAAAACAAAUGGAUCUUGUAUGUAAUUUUGUGAGUUACAUGUAGUGCAUUUGAUUGAAGAUGGGAAUGGAUCUUUUGAAAGAAUCAGGUUCUGAAGAAACAAGAAUAAACUGUACCGUACAUGGAAUGAGAAUCUUCAAUACAAAUACCUGAUAAAAUAUAACAUCUGAGGCGAGUCACCUCUGCUGUAAUGCAUAAGAAAUAUACAUUCUACAGUUAGCUCUGCCUAAGUUGAAUUUCUCAUGACUAUUUUGGAGAAAUUCAAAUUCAAUUUACAGAAGGUAAAAACCACAUAUCUUGCACAUUCUGAUCUACAGAAUUGGUUCACCAUCACUACAGAUAGUCAACUUAUGGAGUUGACUGUAUGUCUUAGUUAAUUUUUUAAGUAUGAACUGGAAUGGACACAAAAUGAAUCUGAAUCAACUGCAAUUCUUCUUGCUGGCAUGUCAAAAGUGAACAUUAUUCUUCUUUUGAUAUUCCCAAGAGUUUUGAUACAUAAGUUAUGGAUCAAAUCCUUAGUAUAUCAAAUUCUGAUUGGUCUAUAAUGAAUCAAAAAUACUUUGAUCUUUAUUAUAGGAUGCUUUUAACAAGUGAUUUAUACAUAUGAUAUCCUGUAAAAUGCUUGAUGUUACAUUGUUUUGCAUUGAAUUUUGACAUAAUGGUAUAAAGAGCAGUAUUAAUACACUGCCCAUGGUUUGUUAAAAGCCAUUAUUGAUAAAGGUAUUAUUGAACAAUGAAUCUGUGCAUUCUUACUACUGUGCUUGAUUCUGAUAGUUAAGAUGUUCUGAUUGUCAUGGUACAUGGUUAAAUAGGUAUCGUACCCAAAUGGAAAUGGAAAUUAAAUAAAAAAGAGUAAAAAAAAAUGGGAGAAGCAGAUAAAUGACAGAAUAUUUAAACAAUAUCGGAUAAGCAAUAAAUAAGUUUCAUAAAAAUUAAAAGUGACUGCUCUUGCAUUUGCGCCAAUGCUUAAUAUUUUUUGAAGGAUUUGCUUCAAAUAAUAUCUCUCCGUUCAUUGCGAAAUAAAAACAAUGUGCUAUCUGUGUUUAACUUUGAAUACUAACCCAGAAUAAUAUCAUUCAUGUAUAUCUUUUUUAAUGUAUCAUUCUUUGUUAUUAAGUGUCUAUGAGUAUCACUAAGUGUUAAUGAAUAUUCACCCCAUUUCAUUCCCUUUGUAACCAUUUUGUUUACCUUCGAAAUAGAUUGUUACUUGAAAGAACCAGGGAAAGAAAAAAUAGUUCAUAUUGAUGUGAAAUUUACAAUAUUUUGCUGUGGCCCAUAAGUUCUUUAAAAUAAAAACACACCAUAUGAAAGUAUUAUGACAAGUGAUUUAUAUCUAAUAAGUAGAAUGUAUUUUGUAUAUAUUCUUAGAUAUGUCAGGGCUAUUUUGCAUAAAUGAUCUAUUUAAAUACUUUGUUCAAAUUUAGCAAGAAAGUAUGGGGCAUACUUUUGAUAACUUGGAUUAAUGAUUGACAACGGUGAAGAGGAUAAAUGUCGUACAAAAGGAACUGUGUAUAUUGUUUAUUGACAAAGAAUUAAACCAAGAAGUCUUUUAUACAAA